GCGUGUCCACGCAUUAACCGCGCGCGGUGUCAUUCUUGAACACGCAGUCAGGUGUCGCGCUUCUAUCACGCUACCGGCGACGCCCGACCGGCGUUUUUCCCCUCCCCAUGUUCACGUCGACACGGGCAUCGAAACGGUAUUAAUUAUUUAUCUAUUUUUUCACUCAUGUGUUUGAAAUGUAUAGGAACGGAUGACGUCGUGCGUGCACUCAAGUGUGUGUGUGGGCGUGGAUGAAAAUGUCAAUGUGCGGCGCGAGAGAAGGAGAAGCCUGAAGCUGAAUCUGCAGCUAGAGGAUAAUAUCACUGGGGGAAACACAACUUCAGCCGCUGUGUUAACUGCUGGAAAAUGUUUGUGAUAUCUGAGGAAUAAAGUUGUAAACGGUCGCUGUUUGCAGUUAGCUGAGCUCGGCAUCUUUGAAGAGCUGGAGGGGAGUUAAUUCAGCUCGUCACUCACCCAAGCCUCUCUUCCUGAAUGGGAAGAAAAUAAGGCAGCGACGCUUCUUCAAUAUCAGGCCACUUGCGAACACCGGACCUCCAUUUCAGAAACUCUCAGCAACCUCCAGCAAUGAUGUAGACUUGACAACGAUAUGAUGAUGAUGCAGGACCUCGCACGGAGGAAGAGCAGCGACUGACUCUCCUCCUUUUUCCCACACCUGGCGCUCUAUGUCCAUCCUGAUUGGGCGGCCAGAGAGUGAUGUCCUCAACCACACCCCUUGCAGCCCCACCCCUUAAGAAGGGAAGGAAGCCGGAGAAAUCAGAUGUGAUGACUGACUCGGUGCCGGCCACCAACGAGGAACUGAGGAGCAAACUCAUGGACACCCAAAUUGAGCUGCAGCAGGAGCGGGCCAAGAUAUGUAAGCUCCGUGAGCGGCUCCAGGAGCAGCGGCAGGCUCGCGAGCUUGAGCAGCACAAGCAUGCUGUGGCACUAACUGACCUGCGCGCCAAACUCCACGAAGAAAAGCUACGUGAGAUAGCGACUGCCCGUGAGACCCUGGCACGGCAGCAUGAAGUCGAACUGGCCCGGGCCAUCAAGAUCCGCGAUGCUGAGGUGCAGAGGCUCCAGGGGCUUGUAAACGCACUGAGAGAUGGAGCCGCUGACAAGCUCAAAAAUGCUCUUCUCGGAGAGGCUCGGGAGGAGGCCAGAAGAGCUUUUGAUGGGGAGAGAAUAAAGCUACAGCAGGAGAUUCAGGAGCAUAAGACAGCCAGGAAGCAGGCUGAGGAGGCGCAUGCAAAUGCUCUGCAGGCCGAUAAAGCCAAAGCAGUAGAUCUCCGCACGGCCUACCAACAGCACCAGGAUGAGGUGAAUCGCAUCAAACGGGACUGUGAGAGAGACAUCCGCCGACUGAUGGAUGAGUUGAAGGCAAAGGACCGGGUGAUGUGUGCCCUGGAGAGGGAGCUGGGGGUGCAGGCCGGCUUCACCCAGAAGCUUCAGCUUCAGAAGGAAGCCCUGGAUGAGCAGCUGGGUCAGGUACGGGAGGCGGAGAGACACAACCACGGCAGCCCCAAGAGAGAGCUGGUGCCUGGGCUGGGGGACAGUUCAGACCUGCUCAGCAACCAGGAGGUGGAGGAGCGUGACAUGAGGAGGUUCCAGCUGAAGAUUGCGGAGCUCCACUCGGUCAUCAGGAAACUGGAGGACAGAAAUGCACUGCUGGCAGAUGAGAGGAAUGAACUAUUGAAGCGUAUGCGAGAAGCCGAGAGCCAGAUGAAGCCCAUGUUUGAGAAGAACAAGCGGCUGUCCAAGAAGAAUGACGACCUUCUUCAAACGCUGCAACGCAUGGAGGAGAAACUGAAGAACCUGAGCCGAGACAACGCUGAGAUGAAGGAAAAAGCUGCCUCCUCUCGGCCCCCCUCACAGCAACAAUCCAUUCAGCCCCAGCUGAAGCGGCCAAGCUCCCUCACAGACCUGAGCCAUGCCCACGAGGAACAGGAAGUGGAGUUCCUCAAGCUGCAGGUUUCUGAGCAACGUGGCAUCAUUGAUGAGCUCACGCAGGAACGUGACCGAUUGGUGAUGAGCAAAAAGAACAGAAGGAAACCUUUCAAACUGUCUAAAAGGCAUGUUGUGGAGACAUAUUUUGGAUUUGAUGAGGAGUCGAUAGACUCUGAGACCUCCUCUCUGACCUCCUACAACACUGACCUCACUGACCGCACGCCUGCAACCCCAGAGGAAGAGUUGGAAGAGAUUAUUUCCCGUGAAGAGUCCGAGCUUCGCUUCCGUCAGUUGACCAGAGAGUACCAGGCUCUCCAGCGGGCCUACGCCCUUCUCCAAGAGCAGACGGGGGGCUCUGUGGAUGCUGAGAGAGAGGCCAGGACACGUGAGCAGCUGCAGAUGGAGCUCAGCAGCUGCCAGGCCAAGAUAGUGGACCUGGAGAAGGCCCUGGCCGAGAGGGGGCAGGAUUCAAAGUGGGUGGAGGAGAAGCAGUACUUGCUCAGGACCAACCAGGAACUUCACGAGAAGAUAUGUGCGUUGCAGCAGGCGGAGUCGCGGCUGCAGGCUGAGGUUCAGGAUGCCCACGAUCAGAAUGAACUGCUGGAAUUCAGAGUGCUGGAACUGGAAGAGAGGGAGCGCAGAUCUCCUGCCCUCAAUCUCCACAUGUCAGCGUUCCCUGAGAACAGUAGCAGCGCCCUGCAGAUCUACUGCCACCAGCAGGGAGUCAAGGAUGUAAUCAUUCCUGAGCUGAUGAAGAAACUGGAUAUCCUGGGGGAUAAUGGGAAUCUCAGAAAUGAGGAGCAGGUGGCGGUGAUCCAAGCAGGGACGGUGAUCUCACUGUGUGAAAAGUGGUUGAAGCAGAUAGAUAGCACAGAGGUUGCCCUUACACAGAAGAUGAUCGACCUGGAAAAUGACAAGGAGCUGUUCAGUAAGCAGAAGGGAUUCCUCGAGGAAGAGUUGGACUACAGGAAGCAGGCCUUGGAUCAGGCCUACAUGAGGAUCGAGGAGCUGGAGGCCACGCUGUAUAGCGCUCUGCAGCAGGAGCAGCCAGCCUGCCAGGCGGUGGCCGAGUCGCUGACAGACAGGCAGAGGGAGGAGCUGAGGCUAGCUGUGGAGAAGCUGCGGCGUCAGAUUCUCCGGCAGAGCCGGCAGUUUGACAGUCAGAUCUUACAGGAGCGCAUGGAGCUCCUACAGCAGGCCCAGGAGAGAAUUAGAGAGCUGGAGACCAGGCUUGACUUGCAAAAGAGACAAAUAAAAGAAAUAGAGGAAAAGUUUUUGUUCCUAUUUUUGUUUUUCUCUUUAGCAUUUAUUCUUUGGCCUUAAUGAAAGUGACCGUGGACCCACAUCAGGUAUUAAGGUGCUGUGGAGGCAAGCGAGGAUGGAACAAAACCUAAUUGUUUUUUAUGCAUUUGUAGACAGAUCACAAAAACCCCAUGGCCUUUUUGAAAAAUGUGCACUUUUGACCCUUACCUGGAAUGCAAACAUAUUUGAAACUAUAAUAAGUAAACAAAUAUACAUGAGAUUAAAGUGAGAUUUAUUUCUAAAUAACAUUUACUAUAGUGGUUCUUGGACCUGGAACA